AUGGCACAUGUUAUAUAUAAGUAUCAUAUAUAUACAUUUUACAUACUUAUUUUUUUAAUCGGCCUUAUAGGAAACGGAUUAUCGCUGGCUGUAUUCACCUCAAAGAACAUGCGCAAAAUGUCUGCAAGUUCUUAUCUGGCGGCGUUAUCGGCAGCUGAUAUUUCUACCUUGAUCUUCUAUGUGUUUAUUGAAUGGUUACGAAGAGGUCUUGUCCAUAUUAACCCGGAUACUGAAAUUUUAUUAAACGUUUUGAAUAAGGACGGACCAUGUCAAGUAUUCCUGUUUUUGUCAUACAUAUCUCGUGUAAUGUCAACUUGGAUAAUUGUUAUAUUCACCAUCGAACGGUUUACAGGAGUUUGUUACCCACUCAAAUCUUUCAAAGGAAAUUCUAAAAAGAUCUUAAUAGGCAUGUUGAUCAUUGGCGGUCUUCUUGUGUUAUACAAACCUAUUCUUAGCGGUGAGUACAUAGCGAGAGGCCAGGUCACUUGCAGUUCAAAUCCAAUGUACAGUUUUGGGUCAUUUGUGUUGGAUUCAAUAUUUGCUUUACUUAUAACACUUGUUCCUUUUAUCAUCAUAACAAUUCUGAACAUAAUGAUUAUGCGAACUUUGUACUUAAGAAAUUAUCGCCAUAGUGAACUUUUUGCGGAAACAACUAAGAUACGACUUGAGUUUACGCUUAUACUGUUAGCCAUUUCAUUCUUCUUUAUUGCGUUUAAUUUGCCCUAUUCCGCAGUCUGGUUCAAAAAUUUUAUGUCUUCGAGAUUUCUCAGCAAUGAUACCUAUAACUUCAAUCACAAAGACAUUGACUACUGGAGGGGAGUGUUACACGUUACAAGAACUGUGUUUUAUUUGAACUAUUGCGUUAAUUUCUUUUUAUACAGUAUCACGGGUGCGUAUUUUAGAAAUGAACUUGCACUUAUGUUGCGUUUCAAACAAAGGAAAAACAGGAUCUACAAAUCACAUAUCCGUAGUAGCAGAUUUGGCAGCUCAAAUCAUUCUGGAACAAUAGCUACAUAUAUGGCUUAGGCUAGAUUAAGACAAAUGUGAUUUCUUAGAAAAAUCCACACACCAUCAGAUAGUAAAAUGAAUAUGGAAAUAAAAUGAAAUUUUUAAUAAACGGUUAAUACUUUUAUAGUCAGGUUAAAUCUGUAUAUCAAUAAUUACUUACCUAUUUGUUGACAAUAUCGUCAACAAAACGUGUUUUGAUGGCAUAAUAUACUGUCAAUUUGACAUUGUUCGUAUUACUAAAAAUAUUACAUUAAAUUUAUGCCGUUAAUACUUAUAGUUAUGAAUAAAAUUCUGUUAUUAAGUAAUCCAAAAUAUCAGAUAAAGGUUUCUUUCUCGAACGUUGCUUUGGUCAUGUUUAUUUUUUUUAAAUAUACAGUCUAAUAACUUGUCUGGAGUAAAAAUAAAACGUAAUAAAUACUUUGUAUUCAUCUACUAGCCUGUGUUAAGGAAACAUAUUGACGAACUAUAUGUGUGUGAAUGGGGUUGGUACAUGUCUGUGUUUUACAUCUAGAGCAUGUGUAUAUCAAUAUCUUCAAACAUGUCACACAAGACAAUGUUAAUAGAAUAUACAAACAAAUCAUAUUAUCUCAAACUUAAUUUAACAUUGUUUCUAUAAUUUUAGUAUAUAUUGUGUUUUUGUUAAAAUGUUUCAACUAAAUGGAGCUUAGAUUUGCGCGCACAAUGACGAAUUAUAUGAUCAUUCGCGUACCAUGGCAACAUAACAAUAACCCGUACAAAAGGAAUAUAAAAUAACUGAUUUGUUCCGAUUUAAAGUUUUGUUGCACAUUUAAUUAAGGGUGUAAAUGUAUAAUAAAAGGAAUGUUAGAUGCAUGCGUUGUUCUGGUUGAUUUAAUUGCUGCUUGAUUUACUAUAUAAACACAAUUGCACAAUUGCUACAUACCACCAGAACAGCACAUUCAUGAUACAUUUCCUUUUAUGUUACACAU